AUGACUGAGAAUCGAGUGGCGUUGGUAACUGGUGCCAAUCGCGGUAUUGGGUUUGCCACCUCCCGCAAGUUGGCACAGUGUGGCUACCGUGUAUUGAUGGCGGCGCGUGAUAAAACCAGCGGUGAGGCUGCAGUGGCGUCUCUGCGUGCUGAAGGCCUUGACACUCAUCUGCUGAUUGUCACCAUCACCGAUAGCGACUCUGUUGCUGCUGCCCUCCGCGAAGUGGAGUCGCAGCAUAAGAGACUCGACGCACUCAUCAAUAAUGCCGCCAUGAUGGAUUACGACAACAACAUCUUGCCACUGGAUGUUGCACGUAUGCGGGAGGAGUUCGAAGUUAACUUUUACUCAGUUGUCACAGUCACUAACGCCUUUCUGCCGCUCAUGCUACGCACAUCCGAUGCCCCCCGUAUUGUGAAUGUCAGUACACCACUUGGCACACACGAAACGGUGGAGCGGCCGCAAAACAAGUAUGCCAGUCCACUCUUCACAAGCUACAAGUGCACCAAAGCGGCACUGAACAUGUACACCCACAAUCUCGCUCACUGGUUGUCAACACAGGACGGCGUCGCGAAGGCGGCUAAAGUCAAUGCGGCGUAUCCCGGAUAUGUGCGCACAGACAUGUCGCACAACUCCGCAGAGGCGCCAAUGGAACCGGACGAGGGCGCCGAGACGAGUGUCUAUCUUGCCACAUUGCCUCCUGACGGACCUACCGGCGGUUUCUUUCACAAGAAGGAGCGACUCAACUGGUGA